UUCUUUUCCCAAUACACUUGCAUAUUUUCCCGUCCUGGUUAACUUUCAAUUACUCGCAAUCUUUGGUGAUAGCUUGACAAUAUGCGGGGUGAGAUAUGCCACAUCCAUAUCGGCCAGGCUGGUACUCAGCUUGGCAACAGUGCUUGGGAACUCUAUCUUCUCGAACAUGGCCUGAAAGCGGACGGUCGCCCGGAUCCUGAGGCUGGCGAGCAGACGGAAGGAGGGUCUUUUGAGACCUUCUUCACGGAGACUGGCAGCGGAAAAUAUGUCCCGCGGUCCAUCUUUGUCGACCUCGACCCUUCGCCCAUCGACGAAAUCCGCACCGGCAAAUACCGCCAGUUGUUCCAUCCGGAGCUUCUUAUCAGCGGCAAAGAGGACGCCGCCAACAACUAUGCGCGUGGACACUACACAAUCGGAAAGGAGCUCGCGGACAGCGUUAUCGAUCGCAUUCGACGUGUUGCCGACAACUGCAGCUCCCUGCAAGGCUUCUUGAUCUUCCACUCCUUCGGUGGUGGCACGGGAUCCGGCUUCGGGGCUCUCCUCCUCGAGCGACUCUCCACCGACUACGGCAAGAAGUGCAAACUCGAAUUCGCCGUGUACCCCUCCCCGCGCGUAUCCACUUCCGUCGUCGAGCCGUACAACGCCGUCCUGAGCACCCACAGCACCAUCGAGAACUCCGAUUGCACGUUCCUCGUCGACAAUGAAGCCGUCUACGACAUCUGCCGUCGGAACUUGGAUAUCCCGCGCCCAGACUUCGAGCAUUUGAACCGCCUGAUCGCGCAGGUGGUCAGCUCCAUCACCUCCAGUCUUCGCUUCGAUGGCGCGCUCAACGUCGACUUGAACGAGUUCCAGACCAACUUGGUGCCCUAUCCUCGCAUCCACUACCCGCUCAUCAGCUAUGCGCCGGUCAUCUCCGCCGAAAAGAGCUCCCACGAGAGCCACAAGGUCAACGAUCUGACCUUCCAAUGCUUCGAGCCCAACAACCAGAUGGUAGUCUGCGAUCCCCGCAACGGCAAAUACAUGGCCGUCGCCCUCCUCUACCGUGGCGACGUCGUCCCCCGCGACUGCACCGCCGCCAUUGCCGCCGUCAAAGCCAAAGCCUCCUUCAACCUCGUCGAGUGGUGCCCCACCGGCUUCAAGCUCGGCAUCAACUACACCCGCCCCGCGCGCGUCCCCGGCUCCGAGCUCGCCCCCGUCGACCGCUCUGUCAGCAUGCUGUCCAAUACCACCGCUAUCGCGGAGGCCUGGAGCCGGCUCGACCAUAAGUUCGACCUGAUGUACUCGAAGCGCGCAUUCGUGCAUUGGUAUGUUGGGGAAGGGAUGGAGGAGGGGGAGUUCAGUGAGGCAAGGGAGGAUUUGGCGGCGCUGGAGAAGGAUUACGAGGAGGUGGCUGCCGACAGCCUUGAGGAGGAAGAGGACGUGGGAGAGUAUUAGACAUCGACUGCUUUGCUCCGACGAGACCCCCCCGUCAGAAUGCGUUGGGCGCGACUAGGUGUAAGUAAGAGCGGAUGAUGCUACGUUACAGCCGAUGAUUCACCCCUGGGUCUCUAUUUUUCUUUUUGCCGAUUCCAAUAGGAUCCUCGAUUCGAUCCCAAAUCAGUUAUUACACGGAAGCCAAUGAAACAUGAUUAUGCAGUACAAACACCGCGCUUGGAUGAUCCGGACAUGAAGCGUCGGGCUGAGAUUCGAGCGCUUGUUAACCGGCCGAAACGCGGCAUUUGUACUUGACUCAUUGCUUGUCCGAAUGCUCAUUUAGCCCACACCAGGCUCCCAGACCUCUC